CUUGUACCGACCAGCAACCUCUCAUUUUUUCGUAUCCCCUUCACCUUCCAGGCUGACUUGUCCAAUCUUUUUCAUCCAAUCUUCACCGGGGAUAUCUCACUUAAAGAUCAACCGCCACUAUCCAUCGACGUUGCAUACUAGCAUACCACCAGACUCGCAUUUUGGUCAGAAUUGACAAAGUCCUACAAGCCUAUGGACGUAUUAUAGCGCCGGCAGUCACCUUCUCUUCGUAAUUCAUGGAGUACAGACAUCCUUCAAUUUGCUUCUAGAACAACAGGAAUGUUAGAGCUGGCGACUUCUAUUUCGGAAAGGGUUGUUGGUUCCAAAAAUGGAGACCAACCCGGUCACCCGAGAAUUACCGGACAACGUCAAGAAACUGGAAGCCUUGAGUAUAGCCUCUGCUGCAACCGAUGACGGAAUGGAGAACUUCACACUCAAUCCGGAAACGACGGCUCUUGCAAAUGGAGCCUCAUACCAAGGAGCCACUUACCCAUCUACGAGUUUGAACAAGAGAACUCCUUGCUGGACCAACCAUCUCCCAAAGAAUGAAAAUACAGAAUGGUUUCUGAAAGGGACAAACUGGUCUACAACUGAAUAUGGACCUCUUGAGCAUUGGCCAACUUCACUGCGCACUCUAGUCAACCUCGCAGUGGCAGAUGACCAUGCUGUAGUCAUUUAUUGGGGACCUAAGUUCCUGGCAUGUUUCAAUCGUCAAGCGUACGAAGACUUCAGAGCCAGGUUUCAUAUUAGCCGUGAUGUUCAAGGGAAGCCAUUCGCAGAAGUUUGGAGGAAAGAAUGGUCAGCCAUGCAAGGUCUAUACGACAAGUUGCAAGCCGAGUCCCAGACCCUCGACAUCGCCAAUAUGCCUAUGUUUCCGACAUAUUCUGAUGGAAGGCACGAAGAAACAUAUUGGCGAGGCUCAUUCUUGCCUAUCCUAGGCGACGAUGGUAAACUUGCAGCCUGGUACAACCGAGCCUCGGAGAUAACCAACGAUAUUGUUAAUGAAAGAAGGGCGAAAACCUUGUAUGCAAUUUCAUCGCCCCCAGACACACUCGACACCCCCGCGUGGGAGCAUAUGUUUCAGGCAUUGCGAAACAAUGUCAUGGACUUCCCCAUGGCGUUUGUGUACUCGGCAGAGGAUAGUGGCAAUGCAUGCAGACUUACACUACAACAGUCCUUAGGCCUUCCCGCACACGGUCAUCGGCUCGUCCCAGAAAUGCUGGAUAUGUACGAGGCACCGUCCGGCUUUCUUUUCCAUUACAGAAGAGCCAAAUCAACACAAAACCCCAUUGUUCUCCACCAACACGAUGGAUCUUUGCCACCAGAACUACUUGACGGAUUCGAGUGGCAAGGCUACGGUGAGCAACCAGCCAGCAUGGCAUUUCUGCCGAUUUCCGUCGGUCAGCGAUUACUAGGUAUCCUUGUCUUUGGGCUCAAUCCUCGCCGUCGUUACCAGCCGGAAGACGAUGCUUUCGUAACUGCGUUGUGCCGACAAGCCUCCGCCGCAAUUGCCUCCGCUGUGGACCUAGAAGAAGCGCAGCACCGAGCCGAGAAGCUGACAAUGCAACUAGAGGAAAAUGAAAAACAGAUCAGAGAGGUUGCGGAAUAUGGACCUGUUGGAAUGCUCAGGCUAACCCCACACGGCCAUCUUAUCUGGGCGAACCCUCAAUUCUAUUCUAUAACGGGACAUUCAUGUACGGAUAAAUAUGCCUUCUCUUUCAUGGACGUGGUCCACCCUGACGAACGAGAUGUGGCCAUGGGCUUCUGGGCGUCCCUGGUCGACGAGCACAAGCCGAUGUCACAAGAAUUUCGACUCGCGCAGAAAUGGAAGCCUCCUCCCCGUCCCGGGCAUCCUGACCCCGAAGAGGAGAACUGCUGGAUUCUCGCAAACGCAUUCCCGUCCUUCACAGAUGGAGUGUUGUCAAGCAUUGUGUGCUGCAUAACCGAUAUCAGCCGCAUCAAAUGGACCGAAAAAAUCCAAAGUCGUCUGGCCGCCGAAGCCACCGAGGCUCGAAAACUGCAAGAAGCCUUCAUCGAUGUCGUCUCUCACGAGAUGAGGAAUCCGCUGUCCGCCAUAAUGCAAUUGGCUGACGGCAUCGCUUCUUCUAUCGAGGACUGGGACUCAUUGGACGAUCAUUCUGCAGAUUCUGCGCUCCAGCUGCUCAAAGAGAAGGCGGAAAACGGCAAGACCAUUCUCCUGUGCGCGACGCAUCAGAAAAGGGUCAUUGACGACGUCCUGACCCUUUCGAAGCUCGACUCGCAGCUCCUGUCGAUCUGGCCAGCUGUAGUACAGCCUGCACUCGUCGUCGAGUCGACCUUGACGAUGUGUCAAGCCGAGUUCGAUACCAACUCAAUCACCGUAGAGCAUCGCACUGACGAGUCAUACACGCGCCUCAAUCUAGACUGGGUCGCUCUGGAUCCUGCACGACUAACGCAGAUCUUCGUCAACCUACUCACCAAUGCCGUCAAGUUCACCAAACUGGAAUCCAAGAGGAAAAUCACCGUCACCCGGGGCGCCUUCUCCCACCCCCCUCCUCCGCUCGAAAACAUCACCUGGUUCCCGACGAAGCAAGAGAGGCGUGACGCCACGACGGGAUCCGAAUGGGGAACCGGCGACGUGGUCUACCUGUUGUUCACCGUGUCCGACACAGGCAAGGGACUCGAACAAAAGGAAAUGACUCGGCUCUUCAACCGCUUCCAACAGGCCACGAAAAAGACACACAUCAAGUAUGGCGGGUCAGGUCUCGGUCUCUUCGUGUCCCGCGAACUGACCGAGAACAUGGGCGGCCAGAUCGGUGUGGCCUCGACCCCGGGCCAAGGCACGAAAUUCGCCUUCUAUAUCAAAGUGCGCAAGGCGCCUCCUCCCCCCACGGCGUCGGAUGACCACAAACAACAACACAGACAAUCACUUCAACCACCGUCACAACCGCCCAGCUCCACGGCGGCGGCCGCUGCGGCAGCGUCGACGGAGAUGAUGAGCCAAAUCACCCGGUUCCCCAGCAAAGAAAACGCCGUGCCCACGACGGCCGUCCAGGUCCUGCUCGUCGAAGACAACAUCAUCAACGCCCAGGUCCUGACCAAGCAGCUCAAACGCGCCGGGUGUACGGUGUACAUCGCCAACCACGGCCAAGAGGCCUUGGACUUUCUCCCGCGCACCAAGGCCUGGCACGACUACCGACCUUUGCAGACCGUCGACUCGCCUUCGGCGAACCUCGACGUCGACAUUGAUUGUAUACUGAUGGACGUCGAGAUGCCCGUCCUCGACGGCCUGAGUUGCACGCGCCAGAUCCGCAAGCUCCGCCGGGACGGCCUCAUCACCAAACACAUCCACAUCAUCGCCAUCACGGCCAACGCCCGCUCCGAACAGAUCGCCUCGGCCAUGGAGGCCGGAGUCGACGCCGUCCUGCCCAAACCAUUCCGCGCCGUCGACGCCUUGACCAAGAUGGAAGAGGUCAUGAGGACCACUUGAUAUUUGCUUCGAAUCGACACGACGGUUAAAGCCAUAAUGGCGAGACGGAGCGAGAUUUAACAAGAACGUCAUCAGUAAACACGUGGAUGGCGGUGUACUGUAACAACACUUUUGAUCGUGUACCAGCACCUAACGUUCCUGUAUACUGCGUUACAAUCAGCGUCUCGUUCUCCAUUCCUCUUUGAUUUUCUUCAACGACAGUUUCAAACUAGACACGUUAGGGAUAGACGGCGAUAACAUCGGUGGUCGCAAAUUAUGGCACUUGUCUCUGAUUUCCCUUGGUGUAAUGAGUAUGCAAUGGUCUCUUCACAAGCAUAGAAAGGUUUAGCGGACAUUGCAUUGGGAGGUUCGUACUAUCCAACAACGCGUUUUGAAUAACCAAUCGCCUUUUCGUCUCUCUAAUCUAAUCCAAACAGUCCUGGCGAUAUCAUUCCCCUGCAUGUGCACCAGUAUCGUGG